GAUAAAACUGGGUGAACAAAACAACCAUAAGAUUUGAAGGCUGAUAGGCUAAUUGGUAGCACGUGACACGCCAUUACACAGUCUAUCAAGAGUCACAGUCUCACCGUAGACGAGAAUCAACUAAAGACUGGGCGGCAACGAGCGCGGAUUAUUACAGUUGAGCCAAAACGUGAACAUGAUUGUGCGUCACUCAGAAGACGUUGCUGUAGCAACCCUCCCGAACAUCGAGAUGAAAGGGAAGUUACUGACCGAUGUAGAAGACGGUAUGGGAUUCAGCGCAUACCAAGUUGUUGCUGAAGAAGGAGAGACCUUAAAACUGAGAUCAUCUGACAGCGGCGAUUUAGACCAUAUAUACUACUGUAUCUCUGGUACUGGCGAUGUAAAGGCCUCCAACGGACGUUCUUAUAAGCUGAAACCAGAUAGUGUUGUUGCCUUCUCUUCUAGCGUUUCGGCCGAACUGAUUGUUGAGACACGACUCCGGCUGUAUGUCUUGUAUUGUGAAGAUAUUGACCCAUCUAGCGAACGCUCUGUAGUAAGAUCACUUGACGAAAUCGUGGGCACAGAGAGAGACAUGGAUUUCAAACGUGGUCACAGUCGACGUUUUUUGCUGAAAGUUGACGGAUUUGCCAUCACAAUAACAAGCACAACCGUGAUGUGCACUGGAGACGAUCCACCUAAGCUGACGUAUCGUAACCAUGCUGAGUCUGCCUACUAUAUCAGUGGGAAAGUCUCGUAUUCUUGGGACGAGGGGGCAAAGAAAAUAGAAGCUCGUAUCACACCAGAUAAUGGUACCGUCUACAACAUGAAUGAACACGAUAAACACAUAGUUAACAUUCAUGAAGACUGCAUCGCACUGUGUGUGUUCUACCCUGUUUUGCGGGGCAAUGAGAACCACACUAAUGAUGGCGGAUAUGAUGCUUGAAUUUGAGUUAAAUCAUGUCGCGUAUUUCAGUAAAAUAUGUUUAUGUACACCUGGAAAAAUUGGUAUAGUUUAGUUAUAAAUUAGCAUUAUAAAAAGUGCUAAUUAUUAAAAUUAAAUAAAUAAGACCGUACGAUUAAAAGCAAUAUUGACAAAAUAGGGUUUAAAUAUUUAUUCACAAUUCAAGCGCAAAACAUACUCAAAAUUGUUUUGAACAUGUAACACAUCAUAUUUACAUUGUUAAAAAUCAUGAUAAAGUUAUCUGCAAACAAGUUAUCUGAAGAUGACACAGCCCCACUUGUCAGAUGUGAUUAUAGUUCACUAUGAAUUAUAAAGUUUGAAUGUAUAUGUAUA